AAACAGAGGGCAGAGACAAUCGAAAACCAAAACCGGUGUGCGUCUUGUUGAAUUGUCUGUCUCUCUUGAAACGACAAAAUCAAUCAAAACUCCAUUCUCUAAUCAACAUUCACUUUCACACGCACACCACUUCAUCUCUCUCUCUUUCUCCUUCUCACAUUCUCUUCAUUCACACAAAACGCUCCUUUCUUCUUCUUCUUCUGAUUCACCUCCAAUGGAUCCUCACCGUUUCCUCCUUGUUAUCCUCUGCUGUUUCCUCUGCUUCCUCCCUGAUCUCUCUAUUUCUGCAAUUCGAUUACCCGGAUUGCCUGAAGAUAAAACCAGGCAUGGAUCGGGGUUGGGGUUGAACACAGAUGGCUCUUCUGUAAAAUUUGAUCCCACGCGUGUCACUCAGCUCUCGUGGAGUCCUAGGGCUUUUUUGCACACUGGGUUUUUAUCAGAUAAAGAAUGUGAUCAUCUAGUAAAUCUGGCCAAGGAUAAGCUGGAGGUGUCUAUGGUGGCGGAUAAUGAAUCCGGAAAAAGUAUAAAGAGUGAAGUCAGAACGAGUUCUGGGAUGUUUCUUAACAAGGCACAGGAUGAAGUUGUUGCUGAUAUUGAAGCCCGAAUUGCCACAUGGACAUUCCUUCCUAUAGAGAAUGGUGAGUCUAUACAAAUAUUACAUUAUGAGAAUGGUCAGAAAUACGAACCCCAUUAUGAUUACUUCCAUGACAAGGCUAAUCAAGUUAUGGGUGGCCAUCGUAUUGCCACUGUAUUGAUGUAUUUGUCUGAUGUUGGGAAAGGUGGGGAGACAAUUUUUCCCAAUGCUGAGUCGAAGUUGUCACAGCCAAAAGAUGAGAGCUGGUCUGAAUGUGCCCACAAAGGAUAUGCAGUAAAACCUCGGAAGGGUGAUGCCUUGCUAUUCUUCAGUCUUCAUCUCAAUGCAACUACAGAUAGUAACAGCUUGCAUGGAAGCUGCCCAGUCAUUGAGGGUGAGAAGUGGUCUGCAACGAAGUGGAUUCACGUGAGUGACUUUGAGAAGGCAAUCAAGCAAGAUGACAAUGGAGACUGUACGGAUGAGAAUGAGAAUUGCUCUAGGUGGGCUAAAUUAGGUGAAUGUGUGAAGAACCCACUUUAUAUGAUUGGUGGUAAAGGUGUUAAAGGUUACUGUAUGAAGAGUUGCAAUGUUUGCUCCUCUUAGGGAGGCUGUUGCAAUUUCUUUGCCUUGAAAUGGAUGUAUUGUAGAGUCAUAAUACAUUGUCAAAUAUCUUGUAUAUAAUAUUGAGUAAUGACAUUCAUUUUUGCUGA